AUGCUUUCUGAAGGCGCAAGACUGGUCGGCGAGAGCGGCAAGACGUACCUGGCAGUCAGCCCGUUGGGCCAAAGUAACGUCUGGACAGCUGUCGAGCAGAGCAAUGAUCCCAAAAAGCCUCUCCAGGUCGUUGUCAUCAAGGAACCCGGCGAAGUCGACACACAGCCAGGAUGGCCCAGCUUCCAAAACGAGAUGGUCAUGCACGAAGUCUUCAAGGACUCGCCAGCCAUCAGACAACAGGUUGACAGGAUCCCUCCCACCCAGGCUGGAGGUCCACCAAUGAUUGUCUUGGAGAUCACUGAAACAACUCUCUGGAUCGCACGCACGAAACGACCCAUGUCACUUGCCGAGAUCAAGACUGUCGCCAAAGAUGUCCUUGUCGGCCUGCGCGACGUACAUGCAGCUGGUCUGGUGUACGCAGAUUUGAAGCCUCAGAACAUUAUGGUCGACGGUUUCAAUGCCGAGUCGGAGGAAAAGGACGACCACCUCAAGGCCAAAUUGGGCGAUCUGGGUCUCGUCAUGGAACCCAUGAAUGGCAAAGUCCAGCCCAUCACGUACCGCGCACCCGAAGUCUACCUCAAAGGCGAUAUCACCUCACGAGUCGAUGUAUGGGGCUGGGCUCUCAUCUACUGCCAUUUGCUCGAAGCCCGCACUCGCUUCUCCAAGACUGGUCUUUACGACGACCUCGACACGAAGACUGGAGGCAUGGUUGAAAGAGAAGACGCUGUCAAGAGCGCAUUGAUGAACGACUACAAGCUACAAAACGAGCCUGUGUACGGAAACGUCCCAUUGCCUGCAAACGACCCAAGCAAGCACAAAGGUGACCAGUGGGAGCUGUUGCGUCAACGUGGUCUGGAGGAUGGAGAAGUCGACUUCCUCAGAUGGGUCUUGAAGGCCGACCCCUAUCAGCGGCCGACCGUCAACCAGAUCUUGGAGAGCGGAUGGUUGGACAAGACCGCCGAAGAG